UCAGAAUCCCAACAAGAUUAUGUAUGAGACGUUACAAAUACUUUUUGAAGCUCUUUGCUUGGUCCCAGACAGACUGUUUCCAUGGUAACUCAUGUUCCAAUCAUUUAAAAGGAGCAGCAGAACAGAAGGCACGGUCAGCUGGACCAGCAACAAAGCCUGCACAAAGCUCCCACACAGUCCUGUACUACUUUGACAGAAAAAAAAAACAGUUAUGUCAACAGAAUUUGUGCCGCCACUAGAUAUCUCAGAAGACAUAUUGGAUAAACGAGAACAGCACUGUAAGCUUUUAGAAAACCUUUCGGAACAACUGAUGAGGAAUUGUGAUCUUCAAAUGAAAGUAAGAAGUGGCAAAAAUAGUCAAGUUUCAACAGUGAAGAAUGAAUUGGAUCAAAAACAGCCUAGAAGAAAAGAUACACCAGCCUUCAACAAGCCACCAUUUGUACCAGAUUUUUCGGAAAUACUUUUGAAAAAGUUUGAUGAAAUAGAGAAACAACAAACAGCCAAAAUCUCCCCUGUUCUUUCUAAAGAGCCAAACUUGAUGAAACCCAGAAGAAAAGACACGCCUGCACUACACACAUCACCACUUCUCCCAGGUGGUAAACUUCUGAAAGAGGACAGUGGAGCCAUAAUUGUGGAGAGUGAAGAAAAUGAUGGAUAACAAGCGAAAACAGCUGUCCUUAAUUGCUUUAAUUUAUACAAACACAAUUCCAUAACACUAAUGGAAAUAUCAAAACGGGUUUUUAAAAAUUAGAACAAACUGUAUUGGGGUGUUUUGUAAGUUUUAUAUCUUAUUUGUACACAUUUUGUUGCUAUAAUACAUUUGCGUGAAACCAUG